AUGGCUGACCUGAAAAGCUGGAGGCUAGACUUUGAAGCUUUGAUACCAGACAGAAAGCUACAAGUAGACCCGCCAGGGUAUGAUUUCUCUAUUGCUAAGGACCCGAUCGGGAUGAUCAGUUCAAGCAAACCUCGGGACCGGAACACGCUAGCGCGCAAGCAACAGGCUCUCUUUGCCAAGGCGACGGCACCUCUCAAACAGGUUGGCAUGAUGUGCUUUAUGGCCUGGAUGUUCGGCAACUCCAUACAGAUCUUUAGCAUCGUCAUGACCUUCAACCUGAUCUCCGCUCCCAUUUCUGCUAUCAUGAGCUCCGGAGAAGUUUUCCCGAGAGACGAGGAGUGGAAGCAGCUUGACGUGCUGACGCCGCGGCUCCUGUACUGUCUGGUGCACAUGGGUCAACUAAUUUUUGGGCUUUACAAGCUGAGCGCCAUGCGGUUGCUGCCAAGCGCGUCAUCGGACUUCAUCUCGACGAUGCCCGUACCGCCCGUUUUGGAACAUGCAUACCCUGCGUUGUGAUAUGAUCCGUGUUGUCGGCGUGUUGUGUGUGCAGAGCUGCAGCACGGGUGGUCUUGGGUUAAAUCUCCGUGCGGCUAUGGCAGCCUAUGCUGGCAGGGGGUGUACGGCCAUUUAGGGAUAUUGGCCUUUUAAAGUUGAAGUAACGUGACAGUGACGUCGAUUGGGCCGUGCGCACGCGCUUUUGCGUCAUAGGAUGGGAUUUAACUGACACUGUAUACUUUAAGUGCUGGCCUGUAUGGUCAACGUUACCCAACUUUGGCAUGAGCGCACUGGUAACCGAGUGCGAACCGGAACUCAUAUACGAUUCAAACGUUACAUGUCU